ACUCAUGCGUGAAAAAUUGCCAUCGUUUCGGAACAAACAACAUUCUGUCGUCGUCAGUUUAAAGUUUGAGAUUUAUGUUCCGUUUAUGGCUUCAUUUUUGUAAAAAAAAACAUUAAACGUUAUUGAUCUACAGAUUUAUCGCUUGCAGAACAGUCUAAUAGGAUACCUAUACACCGUUUAGAGGAGUUCCAAAACAAUAAAAUCAGAAAAUGGACAUCGAUGUCGACGAAAUCACUUCCACAUCAAAAGAAAGUCUGAAGUUCGAUUCAAUCAUUGGGCAUAUUGAAGAUAUCAUUAUUAGUGAGGAUUUUCAGAAUAUGCAAGAUACAUUCAUGGAAAAAUAUUAUAAGGAAUUUGAUGACUCUGAAGAAAACAAAUUUAUUUACACUGAUAUAUUUAAAGAAUAUACUGCCACAAUAGAAAAAUGUUUGAAUGAUGAACUCAAGAAAAGAAUUUCUGAUUUUUCAAUGGAAAUGUUUGUCUCAACGUUACAGGCACAUAAGAAUGAGAUAACUGGUGAUAUCUUUGACAUGCUCCUCAGUUUUUCAGAUUUCAUUUCAUUCAAAGAAAUGUUUUUGGAUUAUAAAGCGGAAAAAGAAGGUAGAAACAUGGAUAUUAAUGAUGGUUUUGUAAUCAGAUCAUUGGCCCCUGCAACAUCUUCACAAGUCAGAGGGGAUGGACCGGAUAACGCUAAUUCAGUACCAAUGACUUUGACAUGACUAUAGUAGUUUCACUCUAUACUAUUUUAGAAUACUCGGCCAGAAGCAAAGA